AUGGCCUUCCGCCAUAUGCAACCUUGGGUCUUUAUAGGCAGAGGCCGGGGUCCUGGAAUCGCCGGACUUCUAGAUAGAGAAGAGGCAAGGAGCUCGCUCAAGAAGUCUCAGCUUGCGUGCAGAGGGGUCACAACGGGCCCGAUCCCCCACCGGCUAGGCAUAUUUGGAAGUGAUCGAAAGGGUUUUACCGAUGAGUUGCUGAGGCGGCUCGAUAAGCUCGCGAUCCAGCUAGCACAGGACCGCCGCCAGCGCUUCAGGCGAUGCAAGAGUUGGAACCCGCGCGUUACAACUUUGGGCAAAUCAGGCCGUUCUGACUCCGAAUCCUAUCUCGCGGACAUGAGAGGAGGGAUGGAUCCAGUUCGAGAAGGCCCAGAGUUCUGGUCCUGGUCAGAUGAAGUAACUCAGAUCGCGGUGUAUGAGUCACCUUCAAUAGAGCAGAAAGUCAUUGCCCAAAGAAUUGUGACCGAGGGAAUAGAGAUCAACUUGUUCGGCCGCAGCGGAAGGGUUCCCGAGCACCCGACAACUCAGGGAACCAACGGGGCGGAGCCCGAGAAUAUCGUAUGUAAAAGCGGAGUGAUCAAGCACAAGCGGCUGGGGACUUGGCGGAGAGGCUGGUCACCUGCCCAGGCGGAUCAGGCCAGUGGGUCUGCGCCUUGA